AUGGGUAAAAGGCUCAAGGGCAAAGGAAAGAAACCAAUUCCUCAAACUCAAUCGACGGUGCCUCCUGCACCAACUACUGAAAUGAUGAGCACUGUGGCAGAAAUAUUCUCAGCUAUGGGUGCCACUUGGGGGGAUAAUUUGAUGCCUGAACAACGUGCUCAUAUAUUUAACCCACACUUUGACAAUUUCAUUCAAACGUAUAGUCAGUCGCAGUCGCCUGGUGGUUCGUCUUCUCAGAGUUAUGCCGCUCCUCCGGAACAGCAACAACAACCUCCUCAACCACAACAGCCGUCUUCGCAACAACAAUUCCAAAGUUUGUCACAGCAACAAUUUGAAAAUUUUUUCCAGCAGCAACCCCAAUCUUUUCCUCAACAGUUUCCUCAGCAGCAACAACAGUCUGCUCCGCCAUUGGGAAAUCAGUUCUUAUACCGAACACCAUCAGAGUCUCCUCCGCUCGGCUCAAACUUUGCUGAUUUUGGAUUAUUUGGAAGUUCAUCGCAGGAGAACCAAUUUUAUUCAACUCCCAUUUUCAACCAAGGUGAGCACGGUAAUUUAACGCUGGGUUUAUCAUCAGACCAAGCAUAUGUGCCUUCUCCGCCACGGGCUUCGGGGACUCGUAACGAAAACAAUCUGGAUCAAGACUUUAUAAUUAGAGACCUGAAUGAAGAUGUUAAUGAAUAA